UUUUUGGGUGUCGCGAAGAGAACUGGGCAGGACACAAGCUCACUGGAAGCAGCCAUACCAAGAGCCCAGAGGAGCCCAAAGAACAAUCCAGAGAAACUUCCUUUGCCAGCAUACUGCCCACCGGGACCGCAGGUGGUACUUCCCCAUCAAGAUGCUUCCAGAAAACACAAGGACUAGGCAGCUAAAUGUCACCUGUGCCAGCUCAGUGGACAUGGAGCACUUCCUCCAUUACUCUCUCAUCCCAUCACUUUUCAUCAUUUUGGUCUUGUCCUUCCUCCAAAGACGAGAGCAUCGUAGACAGAGGGAUGAUACCUCUUAUCUACUGGGGAACCACUUUGGAAUCAUCAUGCCUUUGGAUUUUGUGAGCGCUUUUAGCAACCGAUGGUCCUAUGGAAUUGCUUUUGGGGCCACAGCCAACAAGGUCAUGUUCUUGUUCUCAGAAGGCUACAAGCCCCUGCAGGUCCCGCAGUGGGCCCAAGCUUUUGUGCUUUUGAUUGGAGGUGUUGAAGUUGGGCUGUCCCACUUCCCCUUCUUCGCCUGCCUCUCGUCGGAGUUCCGGCUGGUCAGCUCCGUCCUCGGCUUCUGCUACUCUCUGCUCUGGUUUGUUGUCACCAUUCUUCAAGUCUCUCAGUGUCCCCACGGACAAUUUGUGGGAAGGUACGAGACCCUUGUGUUCUACUGGCCGUCACUGCUGUGCCUCACUUUCCUGCUGGGUCGCUUCCUGCACAUGUUUGUCAAGGCUCUGAGAGUCCAGCUGGGCUGGGAGCUCCAGGCGGAGGAAAAGACUGUCCUGGAAGUUCACCAAGCAGAGCACGUCAAGCAGCUCCUGAGAACACCUCGCCCACAAGAGAAAAAAAAGUCUUGGUUCCAAACCAAGAUAUAUGAGUGGGACCCCUACUUUCAAUUCCCUAGCAGAAUGAUUGGAACAAUUGUGUUGGCUUUUAUCUGCCUAUACCUUUUCAUUGUUAUUGAGUUCUGCGUGUUUGUGUACGUGAGAGAUGAGCUGGACAUGUUUGAAGACAUGCUGGAAAGCUACAUCACCUCCAUGAACCAGACGGGGACCCUGACUCCAGUCGCCCUGCAAUUGAAAGAGCUGAUCAGUGUCUCCAAAGGAGUCUGGGUGGUAACCAUUUUGCCGGCCUCGCUCACAUCUGUGAGCUAUCUGUUCCACAUUUUGGCUUGUUACCGAAAGCACAUGAAGAGGCUGUGGGCAGGAGAUAAACAGUUUCUCCCUUUGAAGUUCCAUAAUCCCACCUCAUCGGCAAGCGUGGUGGCCAUUGCAACGUACUCUGGCUGGCAAAUAGCCUAUAUUCUGUGGGAGUCUGUGUGGCCUGGCGAUCAUGUAUGGCCUGGUGUUGCCUGUCAUCCAAACCAGGGCCUGGAGCUUCUGCAAGGACUGGGCAUCGGGAUGAAAGCUUUCCACAACUUCAACUACUUCCUGUUCUUCUACAAUGUGCUUCUGGGCCUGGGCGCUUGUCUCUUCAGGCUGCUGAUCAGCUGCAUCCUGGGCACGUGGCUGAUUGCACGCAUCGACAGGACCAUCAUGCAGAGUGGCUACGAGGAAGCAGACAUGGGGUUCAAGGCAUGGAUUGGGAUGCUCUAUGUAGACCACUAUCACACCAACCCUGUGCUUGUCAGCUUUUGUCACAUCCUGAUCACAGGCCACAGGGAGAGGAAGCUGCAGCUGGCCACCAAAUACCGGCACCUAAAUCAAUCAUCAGGCAACCUUGGUUUUAAGAAGUUUACCCACAAGGCAGAACUUUGUGUCACUGGAGAAAGUGAUAAAAUGUCCACAUCAGGAGAGUUUAACCACCAGAUCCUAUUUUUCUCUGGAACAGAGUAUGACCUUCAAUCUGUCAGUAUCCUCAUUGUUUCCUUCUUUCUAGGCUUCAUGAGGAGAAAUGGCAUUGAAGAGAAUUGGGCAAGAGUUUCUCUGCUCCACCUGGGGCGCUCCCGUAGUUAUGGGCAACCUCACCGCUCAGGGAAAGUUAGCUUCCCCGUUGCCCUGGAGACCACCGGUGUCCCACUGCAGUUCGGAGGAGCCGGCAGUGCCUUCUCAGCAGAGAAAGCGCCUGAACAGUGUGACCAGAAUAGUUCGCGCCCUGCGAGGCGGGGAGCCAGCCUCCUCCUCAGCCUCCUCCUCGAGUUCGAGGCUCGUCUGAGGUUCGUUUCAUGGUUGUUCCGCUCUCCCUCCCCUCUUCGUUUCCUUUACAAUUUAAACCCCGAGUCGGUGUGCCUCCCUGAGCUCGAGCAGAGGGUUCUGCCUCGGGGGUCUCACCCAGGGGGACGCCACCUUCAGAGUCAGACGUGGUCCCGCCAGGACCUGAGCUUGGGGCGGGCGUCAAUUUCCCAACCUCGGAGUCGAAAUGGAGACCAAACCUCAGACGCGUUUCCUGGACAACGGCUUCCCGGCCCCCGCAGGGCCCUCCAGCCAGCGGCCAAGAUGUCGUCACUGGGGAAGGUGACCCGGGUUCAGAAUGGGAACGUCUACCAGCAGAUCUUCCAGGCUGAGGUACAGCUGGUCCACUCCCUGGUGGCCACCAGGAAUCGGGCCGCAGAGCAUGCUGGGACCUUGAAGAGUGGCAGGGCACCCCUAAUGAAGAAAAUGGAGAUUCCUGAAGGGGAGACCAUGUCUCCUCGGCAGCAGAAGUGGAUGCACAGCCUCCCCAAUGACUGGGUCACGGAAAACCCUGUUCUCCACAGGGAAAAGGAAAUAGCCAAGAGGGAAAAAGCCUUGGAGAGUGAGAGCACCAUUGCUGCCCGAGAAGUGCAGGGCCUCAUGGACACAAUGGUUCCUGAGAAAGUGAGCACCACCACCCUUCAAGAGCGAGAAGACCACAAGAAGAGGAGCUACGAGAGUGCUCUGGCUAGCUUUCAGGAGGAGAUACAGCAGGUUGGGAUGGAAAUGGAACCUCUUAUCUUGGAGACAGGGGGAUGUUUUUUGAAGAAGCUGUCUGAGUCUGAUGAAGACAUCAACUCCCUUUUUAUAAAGAUGGAAAAUGACACCAACCUCGAAGACUACGCCAUCCAAACCCUGCUGGAGCUGUGGGAUAAGGUGACUUAUAUGUUCCUGCUCCAGAAGCAGGAGAUUAAGAAGCUGGAUGAAGCGCUGCACUCACUGGAGUUCUCCAGAGCUGAUAAACUAAAAAGUGUGUUGAAGAAAUAUGUGGAAAUCAUAGAGAAAACAUCUUACCUCAUGCAGCCUGAUGUAUACAGGAUUAUAAAUAAAGAAGCCAUGAUCAUGAACCAUGCCCUGCUGGGCAACCGGAGGGCCCUCGCCCAGCUGUUUGUCAACCUGAUGGAGGCCACCCUGCAGCAGGAGCUGGACAGCCGCCACCGCUGGCAGGGCCUGGUGGACAACUGGAAGGCCCUCAAGAAAGAUGUCCUGCUGCAGAGUUUCAGGGAGUUCUUGGCCAAUGAGAAUAUCCGGGCUCCCCCGGCUGUAAAGAAGGAGCUGCAGGCCAUGCUGGAGACCCAGAAAUCCCUGCAGCAAAAGCGGCUACAGCAUCUCUGCACCAUCUGUGAUUUCCUGCCCCCCAAUUACAACAAAACUCAGCUAAGUGAGUGGCGUUCUUGUCUUGACUCCCUGAACAAGCAGCUCGACACCUACCACACGGACUGCAUGAUGAGGAUCCGCCUGCUAUACGAGAAGACCUGGCAGGAGUGCCUGGCCCAAGUGCAGAAUUGCAAGAAGCAGCUGCUGGACUGGAAAGUCUUCACUGAGGUGGAGGCAGAGACCCUGGUGAACCAGUCCUUCUUCCAGAUGGUGGGAGCACUCCAGAGCAAGGUGGAGGAAGACCUGGAGCUCUUGGAUAAAUCCUUUGAGGCCCUGGUGAAGCAGGCGGAGUGGCAGAGCUCAAACCUCUUCAGCUACUUCCAGGCGGUGGCACAUCUGUGGGAGACACACCAGCACGAGCUGUCAGUGCGGGAGCUGGAGCUGGAGAAGAGAAUGGAGCGGCACCGGCAGAAGCACAGUCUGGAGAACCAGGCCCAGGAAGCCCACCUUGAUAUACUCUUGGAUCAACUGAGGCAGCAGAGCCACAAAGAAAAACUGGCGUUUCACCUGGAAAAGGCCAAAGAUUUUCUGAAGACCAUGAAAUCCAGGUACGAAUGUUUCCAUGACCUUUUGACAAAGGAAGUGAUGGAGUACCCAGCGAUCGUACUGAAAGAACUCAACUCCUACAGCUCCAACCUCAGCCGAUACUUCUUUGUUCGUGAAAUCUUUGAACAGAACUUGACUGGAGAAAUCAUUUUCAAAUUCAGGAAACCAGAAACACAUGAAAAGCCUAUCCAGAAGAGAAUGAGGAAAGGGGAAGAGGUGAAAGUGGACAUGAGCAAAAGUGAGAAAAGCAUAAGUAGAGGAACAAGUGCUGCCAGGCCAGAAAAAGAGACGGAGAAACAAAGAAAGCAAGAAAUGGAGUCCUCCAUAAUGGAAGGGGUGCUGAGCCAGCAGGAAAUAUCUGCAAUAGAUGCCAAGAUGGAGGAGUCCAAAGAGGGUUCUAGUCAAGGAUUGAAAGAAAUGCAGGCUGAAAGAGAGGGCUCCUUAAAAUCAUCCUCAAACCAGGAGAAUGUGAUGGCUCAAGAAGAAGAGGAGGAGGAGGAAGAGGAGGAGAAGGAAAAGGAGGAAGAGGAGGAGGAGGAGAAGGAGGAAGAGGAGGAGGAGAAGGAGGAGGCAAAGGAAGAGCAAAAGAGCUUAUCUGAGAGUGAGGGCGGAGACCAGGAAGAGAGUCCUGGGGAGGUAUACUAUGAGGACGUGGAAUCCUUCACAACCUCCAGUGGAAACACUUAUUUUGUAUUCCUGUCUGUGGAAGAAGAAGAAAAGCGUUUCAAGAGGCCACAUUCCACCUUCUCAUCUAUGCUCAACAAUGGUACUGCCAGUGCCAAGCUCAUAGAACAAAUGAAAAUUCCAACUGAACUAGUUUUAGAAAUUAAGAAACAACUUCGGGCUGGCUUCUUCGAGCACCUCGAGAAGUGGUUUGACCAGUGUGCCCUCAAUGCUCGAGUCAUUGUAGCCACCAAAAUCGAUGAACUGGAUUCAGAACUGGAGCUGCGCCUGCAUCUGCACCAACCAAGAGCCCAGCAAAUUGAAAAGGACAUCCACAAUGUCAGGGCAGCUGAGCUCCUGCUUCAUCAAGAACGGCUAGACAGCCACUGUGCUGGGGUGGUCGAGGCGCUGAAGAAGGAGAGGCUGAUGUUCUACCAGUUUCAGGAAGAGCAAAACACAAGGAGCAAAAACUUCCGCCGCAAGAUUUACGACAUGGAGCACAACUUCUUGAAUGCCACCAAGAGCCAAAAGCUGGUCAUCCUCAACAGCACACUGCACCGGGAGCUGCUUAACUACGUCGAUGUCAUCCAGGUGUCCCUGCGCAGCUUCCGGCAGUACUUGGAAGAGAGUCUGGGCAAACUCCGCUACACAAACAUCGAGUUCGUCAAGCACUGCAGGUUGUUUUCAGAAGGAGGCAACUUUUCUCCUGAAGAAAUCGAAUCACUGUGUCAUCGACUAGAGAAGGAAACCUCCCGGAUAGAGUUUGUUGAAAAUUUAAUCAUGCUUAAUAUGGAGAAGAUGGAAAGCGAGUACCUGGACCAGGCCAAUGAUGUCAUCAACAAAUUUGAAAGCAAAUUCCAUAACCUGUCUGUAGACCUUAUUUUCAUAGAGAAAAUCCAGCGGUUGCUGACAAAUCUGCAAGUGAACAUCAAGUGCGAGGUGACAAAAUCCAAUUUGCAAACAGAUGGACUAAAUUCUUCUCUAGAACAGCUUGAGCACAAGAUAGAAAGUUGUCAAGCCUCGAGGGGAGAUAAAACAGUAGUGCCUACGGAAGACCUCCUUGGCUUUGUCCGAACUUGGAAAGAAAAACUGAGCCAAAGGAUUCAGUACCUCAACUGCAGCCUGGAUGUGGUGUCUGUGACUCAAGUGAUCUUCUCCAAUAUCCUCUUGACUGACCCGGAGGAGGAGAGUGACAUCCUGUUUUCUUCAGAAACCCUUGAAGAGGAGGCCAAGCUGGACCUGGUCACCCCUGAGUCCUUUGCCCAACCAAGUCGCAUGGGGAAAUCCAUGAUUGAAGACCCAGCGGUGGAGGUGGUCAAGAAGAUCCUGCAGCUUACUCACAAAAAAUGGCCUGCCCAGCAGCGUGACAAAGAUUGGUCCCAGACAGGUAGAGACACACAAGCCUGUGGGUCUCAGGGUAGUGGUGGUGGGGAAGCCAGUGGUACAAUGGGCCCAUCCUCACCUCCUGUCCUCUGCUCUUUUCCUGGACACUCAUCACCCAAAGGCCCGAAGCGACAUCGAUGCCACACAGAACACUCUGGGAAGAAGGCCUUGCCCAGUGCCAGUGCCACCUCAGCAGGGAGCUUCACGCGGCAUUCCAAACCCAACAAAAUGGACAGAAAGUACCAGGUGCUCGGGUACAAGCCUCCUCCUCCAGCCGACAAUUUUAAAGAGAUCAUCCUGACCCUUCUCUGGGAGAGCAACGAGAUGCUGCUGACUGUUGCAGAGGACUUUUACCGUAAAGAGAAGCGCCCAGUCACCAGGCCUGACUGCAUGUAUGAAACCUUUGACCAGUGCGCCGAGAACAUCAGCAAGAAGAUCUUGGAGUACCAGAGCCAGGCGGAUGAGUACCACAACUCCUGCCUCAUGGAAUUACGAAUCCAGAUGAGGAGAUUUGAGGAGCUGCUGCCCCAGGUGUGUUGGCUGGUGAUGGAGAAUUUUAAGGCACACCACUGGAAAAAGUUUUGUACCUCCAUGAAAGAGAGCCGAGGACAGUAUGAGGAACAGCUGAAGCAGCAGGAGAAAAGAAGGGAUGAAAAUGCUCAGAAGCUCCAUCCAAAUCUUGGACACCCCACACAUCGCCAAGAAAGGGAGACCCUGAAUUUAUUAGAAGAGAAAAGACAGGAAGAACUGAACAACGUGAUUAGGAUGAACAGAGAGAAGCUGGAGGAACUUACCAGGAAGCACUGCCGGGUCUUCAUAGCCAGCCUGGCCACCUUCACUGAGAAGUUCCUGCUACAGUUGGAUGAAGUGGUCACCAUUGAUGAUGUCCAGGUGGCAAGGACGGAGCCCCCUAAGCAGAAAAUCUCAGUCCUCAUACGGAGGAAACUCGCUGGGCUCUCUCUGGAGGAAGAGAAUGAGAAGCCCCUGAUUGAACGUGGGAGCAGGAAGUGGCCAGGGAUCAAACCCACCGAAGUCACCAUCCAAAACAAAAUUCUUCUUCGAAAAACACCAUCAAUAUCCACCACCAAAACGACCCUGGGCCACCUGGCAACCGUGGAAGCUCGGGAUGCCGUGUACCUGAAAUAUUUAGCAUCCUUUGAGGAGGAGUUGAAGAGGAUCCAGGACGACAACACAUCUCAGAUGAAGGAGGCUCAACGCUGGAAGGACUGCUGGAAGCAGUCCCUGCACACCAUCGAGAGCCUGUACGUGCGGCACCCUCCAUACCACCCCAAAUAAAUGUUCAUUUUGUGCAGACUC